GGCGUGUACAGAAUACACUCAGAUAAAGUAGAAUCAGAAAGUUUUAGCAGAAACGCCACUUAGUUCUAAAAAAUGAGGACGCAGAAUAUCAUCGCUGUCUCCCUGAUAUUGAUCGUGUUGUUGGCCGACACCUUUGCAGAGGCUGCUGCAAACCGACGUCGUACUAACAAACCUCGACGUCGUAACACUGGCAGAGACCUUGACCAAGAAGGGCUACAAACAAGGGGUAGCGGCAACCGGCGUCGUAGUAAUAACGGCAAUGGCAAUGGCAGGGACGUGGACCAAGAUAUUGUCACCCUGGACGACGACUUUGAAGAAAUAUCUCCGCAAGAAAGAUUUCUUCAGGAGAACGAAGACAUAGAGAAUGAUUGGUUUGAAGAGGAAUGAAGAUGACUGAGAUAUGUAUUUCUAUGAGCGUUGUUUCUGGAACAACUAUAUUUAUGACGCGGAUAACGACCAUGACGACAGCGUUGUCAGGGAAUAGUGUUGUUUACAUUUACGAGACCCGUGUAACGCGUAUUUACGUUUUAAAAAUAUAAUAAAUCAUAUGCAUAUAACACUUUAAA